AGUAGGGUAGGGUACCUCGUCCACAACCCGACAACCGCGUUCAUUUGUGUCGCAGACGUGGAGAGCGACGCACGUCGCUGCUGCUGUUGUAAUUCCCUCCUGGUUACUUGUCAGUAUACCAGGACAAGGUUCAACGUUCUAGGCAGGACGAGGACGAGGCGAAGGGCAUGGAUCGUGAGUGAUGUGAGGAAUACAGACCGAUUAGAAAUAGAGAACUUUGUCGAGUGUUUGAAGGAUAAUUUUUGUGGUUUUUUUUUCUGGUCCGACAAGUGGACUGGGCUAUUUGAAGGGACAAUGAAGAUGUUCUGUUCAACUGGCAGUGAAGACUGUGAGAUUGGUUCAACCGAGUGCCCGGUGCUGUCAAGGCUACACCACAAGGGUAUCGGUAGCCCCGAGUGUUCGGUUCUUGCCAGAUUUACCCACAAGGACAUUGGAGACAAUGGACUUGCAUUCUCUGGUCAGGGUUGCUGGAACAGACUGAGGAAUUCCUCUUGCAAUGGCAGCGAGCAAUUUGGCAACACCGAGGAAUAUAUCAUGUGUAACAAUAAUAAUGACUGCGGUACUGAUAAUCACAGCAGUAAGGGCAUGAAGGCUAUUUGCAAUGGUUAUACCUUACAGGAAGCCUCUUCCUUCAUGGACUGCAAUGCAGAGGAAGCAUCACCCAGACUGAACGAACUUCUCGAGGGCCUGAAUGAACCGGGAGACUCCCGUAAUCCGCCAGUACAGCCCGAAUGGCUCGACCGCGAGCUCUUCGACAGAGGACGGAAGUUCUACCAGAAGUUCCUCUUCUGCAUCUUCUUCUCUGAUCUGCUGUCACUUCUCAUGGCAUUUUCUCUCAGCAGAAUACUGAGGCCUCUGAUUUACACGGAGAAAUCCGACACGCCAACCCGUGCCCUGCGGCGUUACGUCUCAACAAUACUGCACAUCAUCACGUGGUUCUCCGGUGAUGUUUGGGACCCUAACGACAAGGCUCACAAAGAUAUCCUCCACGUCAGGAACAUUCACAAGAAAUCGGCAGACAUCUUCAACUCAUCAGAGAACUACGAUCAAGUCCAGGGGGCCAAUGUUAGGGAGAAAGGACACACCGAACCCAAGUGUCCCUUCAGUCCAUCCCUCCGUCAGGAUCUACAGAUGCAGGCCAAGAAAGGCCUCUGCCUUGAGUCCCACGACAACCCACCGCUCUACAUCAGCCAGUGGGACAUGGCCUUGACUCAGUACUGCUUCCUCGGCAUCAUUCUGGUCUACCCGAACCGCAUGGGGGCGUGGCGAGCAACCGAAGAAGACUUGGAGGGCUUUGUCCACUUCUGGAGAGGGAUCGGCUGGCUCCUGGGCAUCGAGGACAAGUACAACUUCUGCAAGGGCACGGCUGCGGAAACAAAGGCCCUGUGCAAGGAAGUGGAGAAGUUUGUCAUUAUUCCCAGCCUCUCGAGAUCCAACUGGAACAACGAGCACAUGUCCUCCUCCUUGAUGGACGGAAUCAACAUGAUGGUGCCCGGAUUGUCCUACCCGGCGAUGUUCCGGUUCCUAGCCGACACGUUAGGAUUGUCUGUGCCGCUGUUCGUCAGGAACAUGAGUCUGAAGCAUACUGUCCAGUACUGGGUCAUGCGAGCCUUCUUGCACUUCGCAUUCUUGAUACCCGGCCUAGUCUACUUCUUCAACUCGUUAUUGAAAAUGUCCCUUGGGAGAGUGCAAGAAAAGCAUCCGGGAUGGUUUCCGGAGUCAAGAAAAGUGAUUUUCACCAACACUUGACAUAACUGUGUUUAACUGUUGCGUUUGACUGUACAAGAUGACUGUUCAAGGUCUCUCGCAAGUCUGUGCCACCCCAGUUUGUUCCAAGUCUAGGAAUGAUUUCUAUUUUGCCAGUUCUUGAUAAGUUUGUGCUUGACAUUACAUUAAUGUCAAGAUUUACAAGAUGUCAAAUAAUGUUUCUGUAAAGUACGAGAGUAUAAGUCAUUCGUCAUACGACUCGAGACAGUAUGUUUAACUAGUCUCUGACUAGAAUUCAUGCUUCCAUAGCUUCUGUUGAGCAUAUGCCAUCAGAAGGUCUGCCCUGAAGUCAAGGAAACAUUGUGACUGGUACUUGACCAUUACACAAAAGUUCAAACGUACAACACAUCAAGUUCUCUUCGAAGCAUAUGCCAGUUGCUCGGGUAAGAGUUUGGUUGAGCCAUUAUUAAGUUAUGCAUUUUCAUGUCCAGUGAUCUAAAGGUAUUAUCAUGUUUCAGUGUGGGGAAAGAAAGCGUUAUUUUCGUAUUGUUUCUAACUGUAAGUUUCUGCGCGUUUAAAGUCAAGAAGCAGAGUCAGUUGCUUGCUUGCACAAGCACAUGCAGGAGUGCCCGAUCAAGUGAUGGCCAAGAAGUUCUUUGUUGAAGAAGAAUAUCUAUAUAUUUUUUUCUCUCUGUGAAUUGUGGCUAAUAAAAAGAGCAGUUAUUCUCA